UAUAUUGAAUCAUGUGAUACUCACACGCAGGAACUGCUGUGUUAUUAGCAGAGGCGGUUUAAGAGGAGCCUGACCACUUCCUUUUCCAUCCAUUAAAGGAAAAUAUGACUGCGCAACACCAGUGGGCGUCGGCCAGAGAGUCCUGAAUGGACAGGGCUGAAUGGAGCCAAAAAGCAAAACGGACAUAGCCAUGCCUCUCCACUUCUCCCAUUGCUUUGCCUUUGUGGUGCAGCUUUACCUGCUGCAUCAUGCCCAAGCAGGGGCAUACUAUGGGCAUAAACAAGGGCCCCAACAACUGCCCCAGCAACACCAUCCACUGCCACAGUUACCUCACAUACCCCUGGGCAAGGAAGGAAUACCCCAGCAGCAGUACCUGGGGAAGAAGCCUCAUCUCCCAUAUGGAAACGAGAUGCCUAUGCUACCACACUACGGAAAGGAACAGCAACAGGUGCCUCUGCAAAAUUUGGGCAAAGGUGAAACUAUUCCCAGAGGUGAGAAAGGACUCCCAGGAGAGGUAGGCCCUAUGGGACCUCCAGGACCUCAAGGCCCUCCUGGUCUGCCAGGCCAGGGCAUUCCAGGACAGCCUGGGAAACCUGGCCCACCCGGCCCUCAAGGAUAUCCUGGGAUUGGAAAACCUGGCAUGCCAGGGCCACCAGGAAAACCUGGAGGAAUUGGAUUGCCAGGGCAGAGAGGAGAGUUGGGACCAAGUGGUGGUGCAGGACCAGUAGGACUGCCAGGACCUCCAGGCCUUCCAGGACCACCUGGACUGCCAGGUCUGGUAAAUGCAGGCAGACCAGGGCUACCUGGACAGCCUGGGAUUCGUGGAGAGCCUGGACAAAAGGGGCCUCCAGGUUUUUCUGGGAUUCCAGGACUUAAAGGUGAUAAAGGCAUUGGCCUUCCAGGACUACCGGGUGUAAAAGGACCACCCGGACUCCCUGGACCACCAGGUCCAGGAGGGUUACCAGGAGUGGGGAAGCCAGGACUAAAUGGCCUUCCUGGGGUCCCUGGAGCCCCUGGUAAACAAGGCCCACCUGGAGAGCUAGGGUUGGGGGGACUUCCUGGUGACGAGGGACAACCUGGACCACCAGGAUUACCAGGUAUUGGCAAACCUGGUUUAGAUGGUUUGCCAGGAAAACCUGGUCUUCCAGGUGGAAAAGGAGAACGAGGUCCACCUGGCUUUCCAGGGGGUCCAGGUUUACCUGGAUUUGGGAAGCCUGGAUAUCCUGGGCCGAAAGGUGACAAAGGACAUGGUGGUUUACCUGGCCCUCAAGGUCCAAAGGGUGAGAAGGGUCAUGGCGGACUUCCUGGAAUUAUUGGCGCACCUGGUCCUGGUGGUGUCCCUGGUCCACCAGGUCUAAUGGGACCCCCAGGAGGUAUUGGCUUUCCUGGACCAAAAGGAGAAGGUGGUGCAGUUGGGGCACCAGGGCCUAUAGGUGGAAAAGGUGAACCAGGACCUCCAGGACUUCCAGGAAAACCAGGUCUCCUAGGAGAAAGUGGCCAACCAGGACCAAGAGGCUUUCCUGGGCCCUUAGGGCCUCAGGGGGAGAAUGGACAUAAAGGUUUACCUGGACUCCCUGGGGCCCCAGGGAAGCCUGGACAAAAGGGGGAAAUUGGUCUGCCAGGGGAAGGAGGCCACCAAGGACCAAUAGGAAUCCCUGGACUAAUGGGUCCCAGUGGGCCAAUUGGACCUCCUGGAAUUCCAGGACCAAAAGGGGAAUAUGGACCACCAGGGAAACCUGGACAACCUGGUGAAGGAAAACCAGGCCUCCCAGGCCCUAUGGGCCCACCAGGGAAAGCAGGAUUUGGCGGACUCCCUGGUAAACCUGGAAUGCCUGGCCAACCUGGGCCUCCUGGGCCACCUGGGCCACCUGCUAAGCCUCCUGGUGCUGGUCAAAUUCUUCCUGAGGUGGGUCCAGGUCUGGAUGGGGCAAAAUCAGCCUACAAAAAAAGCAAGCUUGGAGGACACAUCAUUGGCAGGAAUGGUCUUGAGAUGCCUGCAUUUACCGCUCAGCUAACAACACCGUUCCCUCCUGUUGGCAGUCCAGUGGUCUUCAAGAAGGUCUUGUACAACGGUAAUCAGAACUACAACCCUCAAACAGGCAUUUUCACCUGCAGCAUGCCUGGAAUUUAUUAUUUUGUAUACCAUGUCCACUGCAAAGGAGCCAAUGUGUGGGUGGCUCUACAGAAGAACAACGAGCCAGUAAUGUACACAUAUGAUGAGUACAAAAAAGGUUUCCUGGAUCAAGCAUCAGGGAGCGCAGUACUGCCCCUAAAGUCUGGAGACACUGUUCACAUUCAGUUACCAUCCGACCAAGCUGCAGGACUUUAUGCUGGUCAAUAUGUCCACUCAUCAUUCUCUGGAUAUUUAUUGUAUCUAAUGUAAAGCGCCAUAAACUACCCAUGAUUCACAAGUCAUUGGUGGAAAAAACAGCAACUUUCGUAUACAUUUAUAUAUAAACUGCAUGUGCGUGCCAUCAGUACACAGAAAUUGAAGGAAGUUUGAUGAUGUAGACUUCAUCGCAUAGUUCCCUGGUAUUUGUUGAAAUGAGCAGGUCUAGGUCUGAUCAAUGGUGGCAUUUGAUAAAUGUCAUUGUUAGUGAUAGUUAGGAAAUACUAGAGAAUACAUAGUGAGGAGGUCUUUGGGGAAUGAAAUGCACCUAAUCAAGUGGUGGAAGUGGGUUUCUGAAAGAGAGACAACGAAAAGCCAUAAACUUUGAAUAUAGUUCGUUCAAAGCUGUCUUUUAACAUGUGGGUUACAUAUAGGCUACAUUUACAAUUCCUGCUUUAAGCAUUUGAAUGACAGACAUGCACUUAUUUGCAUAUUUCCUCUAUCUGCAUAUGCGUACAUGACUGGGGAAAUAUUCACUAAAUGCAUUAGACAUACUAGACAUUCAGGUCCUCAUAAUAGAGGAUGUUCAGUUCUUCUUCAUGCACUAUUUCUAGACUGUCAUUACCAUAUACACCAAAUAAUCAUAUUGUCGGUCUGUAAAAAUCAUGGUACAGUUUAUUUGUUUAUGGUACAUCUGCCUGUCCAGUUAUUACACCUCCUCACCAUAACUGUAGAUGCACUAUCAUCAAUGUAUCUGAAAUUCCUUUUCUUAAUGAAGCAAAAAUGAGGAAAUAAGGUUAGUGUUGCUUACUGAUAUAACCUGGGGUACAUCUGAAAUAUGUAUAUGUGUAUAUAAUAUGUUGCUAGGCUGUUAAAUGUCGCUCAGAUAUUCAAAAACACAUGUAAACAAAGGAUGUGAAACAUGACAAAAUACCAGCGUAGUAUAGUUUUCGUUCCAUCACCAUCAGUCACAGUUCCACCGAAGCAGAGUUAGACGCCGAGAGGAUUUCCGUGGAGUUCUUCUUCUCUGUAAUUUAUUUUGUCUUUUAGAUUUUACUACUGAGUGCCUGAAUUUGUAUAUGUGCAGAAAAGAUGGUGAGGCAUAAAAAGAAUGAAUUUAUUCCGUUUUUUUUUCUUCCAAUUUUCGCAAUGGUGCUAAACCUUCAAUCGAACAACGAACAACAACAUUUUUUAAGGUCAAUUUUGUUUUGUAAAUAAAAUUCAAUUGAUAAAGUUA